UAAGCGCGAUAAACCAUGAAAACCAUCUUGGACGUGUGUAAAAACAGGCGUUUACAAACGGGAUACAUCAACUAUCAAAACCAUGCACUGUCUGAGAGCAUAAUCUACAUGGCUGGAAGAAACACCAGAGGAACAGCCAGGAACCAUGUGUCAUCCAACAUGCCUGAUGAACACAAUGACAUGGGGAUUGAGAUCCUGGAUGAUCCAGGUCCGAAGCGUCAGAAGAGAGGGAAAACAAAGCAGGCAACAGUUGACUCCGAGCAAUCGGAAGAUCUCAACAGCAUAGAUAGAAAACUGGUUGAAGCGGGCAUACAUAUUGAAGGAUUGUCCGUGGUAGAGAAGAAAAUUUUUGUGGAUGUAAUCAACCAGUCCAAGGAAGAUGUCAAUGCAGGCUGCAUGCCACUAAAUGAGCAGACCGACCACAAUAACCAGUCACUCCAGAGCAGAGGUCAUGCCACUGGUGGCAGCCAGGCAAAGAUUGCAGAUGACAGUGACAGCAAUGGGGGACAAACAUCUGGAAACCGGGAAACCAUCAGAUCUAGACCUGGUGGAAGGAGCAGAAAGUUGAAAGGAGCAAAAGGGGGUAAAGAAGGAAAUCUGUCAACAAAAGGGAUUAGAAAAUUAGUGACAAAAAAAGAAGAAAGCCGAAAUGAUAUACAAAUUUUAACUGAUGAGGAAUCCUCUGACGGUAUGGUACAUAUUUCUGAUGGAGAACAUGUUAAAAAUGUUAAUGAGAUUGUUAGCAAACAAUGCGGGAAAGAAGAUACCAUAGACAAUCUCAAGAAACAUGAAAGUUCAACAGUGGCCAAUGACAGUGGACCUGACUGCAAAGAAGAUACAGCUAGUCGUGACAGUGACGUGAUUCUUAUCCCCGGCAUCAGCAAGAUAGGGGCAGACAGAGCUGUCACUAUCUCAGGCAUUAUGGUGGAGAAGCACAAGUGUGACAAGGAGGAGCUUGCUAGUUCCCAUGAAAGGCCUUUCACAUCUCCAGUCAGUCAACAACUGACCUCUGACCUUAGUGAGGCAGAUGUCACUCUGGUGGACUCAGACCAGGAAACACAGCCACCAGACGAGGCUGAGAGUCCCUCUGGUCUGGACCUGAACUCAUCAACACUGGCAGCAGACGAGAUGGAGGAUGGGGAUCUGUCAGAAGAAAAUCAGGAAACUGUCAUUGAAGGCAUUGACAUCGCUGAUGAUGGUGAAAGUCAACAGUCUAAUGGAGAGAUUGCUCCUGCAGAAAUGCCUCUACCAAGGGAGUCAGGAGAAGAGGACAGCCAGUCAGACAGUCAAUCAAAUGAAGAAUGCCUGAAAGACAGUCCUCCUAUCUCAUCCCAGAAAUCUGGAGGGUUUAACAUUGAACUGCCCAGUGAGUUCAGAGUAUCGCAGUCUGCUAGUCAAUCCAGCCAGUCUAUAAGACACAGUGAUUCACAACAGGCUGGUAGAAGUAAUGUAGAUGGUGAAUUAGUCAGACAUUACAUUGCAGAUCAAAACAAGCACGUUAGACGUUGCAAGUUCUACAGAGACCCAAGUGUUGAUGGGAACAACCUGACGGAAUGCAUCAGACGUAUCAGGCUGCAGUUUGACAAGUCCCGGGUUGGACUGCGCAAAGCCCAGAGAAAGUUGUCAGAGAAAAUACCCUGGGAGGACUGGAAUGAGCCUGUAAAACAGGGACAGCACGUGCCGGGCUCACUUGACCUGAAAGCUCGCGGUCGUGUUUAUAUGGACAUGGAUAUCUUUAAUGAACACUCGCAAUCCUCUAAUGAAGGACCAAAGGAACGCGUGCAAAGAUCAUUGAGACACACAAGUUUGCAACAGAAAAACCCCUACGACCGCAGUGCCUUCAUCUUUGAUGACACUGAGGAGGAUGAUUUUGAAAGUCUACAAAGUUUACGCAAUCAAACCAUGAAGAAUAGAAAAGCAGGAAAUAAGAAUUCUGAUGAAGAUGAUGACAAUUUGCCAGACUUAAUAGUAGAGCCGGAUAACAUGAAAAAGGCUUCAACAAAGACCUCUCUUCAUGCAGAGACACAGGGCUUUGUUGUUGAGGACAAAGAAAAUCUGCAUACAUUUGAUGAUGAGGUAAAAAGCAAUCGUAAAAAUGCUCUUGGUAGUGGUUCAAAAGCUGGCAUUAGUGUGUGCAAAAUGCCAGCGUUGAAAUUGGGUGGUGAUGUUGGUCAGACGACUAGAGCCACUAGGAACAGCAAGCCCCCUGUGGCAGAGGCUGACAACUUUGAGGCAGAUCUAGAGAAAGCCAUACAGAUGUCCAAGAAAGAGACAUUUGGAAAUGGAAGUCAGUUUGAAGGUUGCGAUAAUCAGGAGAAUGAUUCUGAUUAUCUUAGUAUCCAAAGAGGUACACGUGGUAGCAAGUUUGAAAAUCAAUUGCAAAAGGCAAAGUUAAAACACUUUUCAAUCCCUAAAGUUACGAUUACUAGUGUUUCCAAUAAAGAUGAAGAGAAUCUGACUUGUAAAGAGACACAGACUUUGCAGAAAAAUGAAUGUAAAGAUACUCUGCAGAAAAAUAAAGUAAGUGAUGAAUUUUAUGUUCCAAUAAUUGGUAGGACAACCUCAAAUGCAAGAGGUGAGAACAAACCUAAAGACGGACCAAAAUCAAAGCUAAUAGGAAGGAAAAAUGCCUCAUCUGUUCUAGCUGCUGAAACUCAAGAUUUGGACUUGAUUUCUCCAAAGAAACACAAUAAAAUAGAGCGGGAAACAUUUAAAUUUCAAGAUGACUCUGAUGAUGAAACUAUUGCAGAAACACAGAAGAUGGACAUUUCAUCAGAAAAAAGUGACAAGCAGGAUUUUUACACUAAGCUUUCUUCAUCUUCUGUAGAAAUGAAACCAGAAGAUAAAGAAGAGAAACGACAGGGAUUGAUGGGAAGAGCUAAAGGUGCAGUGAACAGUUUCAUGAACUUAUUUUCCUCCAGUGAUACGAAUGCUAUGGUAUCUGAGGGAACAAAAAGGAAAGCGGACAGCAGUGAUAUUAGUGUGGAAGUGGACGAAGGUUCACAGUCGCCAGUUUUGAAGAAGAAAACAAGGCGACUUAUAAAUCCUGAUGCUCAGAGACUUAUUCCAACAUGUCCUCUUGUUAGGGAAAUGCUGACUUCAAAAUCUUCCGUAGGCAAAGAGUCCCAAAGACUGAAUUCUCAUGGGAUUAAUGGGGACUUUCAGAAACAGACAAUGCCUAAAGGUGCUGGAUGGCUGUCAAGUAGGCCGGUGAGUUCAGAGUCGAAACAUUCUGACGGGGCAUCAUUGGCCAGUAGUCAGGGCUCUUGUGGAGUCUUGUUUGACGAAAAUGGAGAAAUCUAUGGCACUCAGAAGUGCGAAAUUCAGAGACGUUUGGGUAUGGAUGUAAAGGGGGGUAAGUUAACUCAAGAUCCGUCAGAUCUAGAGGAAGAUGUGGAGAAUAUUCUGUCUUUGGAUGAUGAUUCUGACGAAGAUCCCUUGGCAGAAUUCAAACAGACGGAGAGGACUUAUUCCAGAAAGGGGAACACAACUGAUUUUUCCUUCAGGCAAUAUAGCCUAAGUAAAGCUAUAAAGCAUUCAACCCAAGCAACCGUAACUGUGAACUCUGCUGUUGAUACACAAAAGCGCGUUUGUAACGAAAUCCCACAAACCACAUUUCAAUCUUUGCAACCUCAACGGCGACUCCCCAGUACCAGUCACAUUGACCUUGACCCUGACCUCAAUCGGUCCCGUCAGAUGAUGCCCAGCAUGUCCGAGUGGGUCGCAGAGAACGAUUUUACGGAAAGCCCUGGUGCAGAUGUUGGCCACCGAUUCUCCACAUCUCCUACAUUGGAAUAUGUGGCCUCUGUUGUGGUCAAAACUCCCUCACAGGGUGGACAUUCACAUUUUUUCAGUCUUUUCUGGGAGAAGGCAGUAACAUGUCCACUGUGCAAUAAGGAUUUCCCUGUUAACGUUAUAGAGAUGCAUGCGUCCACAUGUAGGGGACCAGCAUUAGAGGAAGAGGAAGAGAAUGAGGAGCCAAUAGGUCCAAGUUUACCUCCAGAUUUGGAGGCCAUUUUUGAAAUUCCACAAGCAGAAAGCAGUUCGGACGGUACAAGGGAGUGUGCAUUAUGCACGCGCAAGUUUGGCAGUGAAGACUUUAAGAAGCAUUUCACUGACUGCUAUAAAGUCACCAUGCAGCAGCAGGCAGAAAUAGAAACUAAGGGUUUCAAUCAGACUCUCCAGCCUGAGACUGUUGAGCCUAGGAUAACACGUCUACGAGGCAGUCCAUUCCAAGCAGAAAAGCCCCACACUGCUAAUAGUUCAGAAAAUGACUUACCAGUACAAAGGGUGCUGAAAGGAAAAACAUUGGGUUUCUCUCAUAAUUCAAUGAACACCAGCAGACCGCCACAUGCUCAUAGUCUAGUCAAUGAUGAAGAUGAUGAUUUGAUCAUUACUGAUGUGCAGCCCCGAAGUGGAUUAGAGCUCUCCAGAGGUCAAGGUCACAUGGAGAGAGGUGGCGGCAGAGGGAUGUCGAGGUCGAGACGGCCAGCAGCAUUGGAUCAAGGGUACAAAUCAGAGGCAAAUAAGGAAAAUGAGUCUGAAUCUUCCGAUGAAAGUGAUGGAAGCAGCUUUUCUGCCAGUGAUUCAUACUCAUCCAGUGAUGAUGACCAGAUCUCCUUGAAAACUGUGAUACGGUCUGGUUCAAGUUCCCUUAUUACUGGUCCUUGGAACAAAAAUAUUCAACAUGUCAGAACUAGUAACCAGUCUGGGGAAAAUAUUGGGAUACAUGAACCUGAUUGGUUGAGAAACCCUUCGAACUCACCAAUCAAAUCAUUUGUACCUAUUUCAGAACAAGAAGAUGCAGAAUAUUUUAAACUACAGUUUAGAUACAAUAAGGAUAGAACUGAAAACAGAUAUGACAAAAGAAAACGGGAUUCAGGUCAUAAACGUGGCAGGCGCAAGCGGAGAAAGGUCAAACGAAAGAAGAGAAAGUAAUACAUGAAUGCAGUCAAUAAAUUAAAAAUAUAAUAUAGUGCUUCAAAGUCAUGUCUUGUUCAGAUAUGGUCAAUUACCACAAAUGUAAAGAUAUAUUUUAUGAGCUUGUUUAUGGUUUCAUGAUGAAAAAAAAAGCAUCAUAAUUCUCUAAACAUCAUAAACAUGUGUUUUGUUAUUGUUAAGUUGUAUCUGGAUUGUUAUCUAUAGGUACAUAAAUCUGCAAUGUCAGAAAAUGUGUGAGAAAAUGUUUUAUUCUCCAUUUAAUAUUUUGUUAUCAAUGUAUGCUAUGCAUUUGUUCAAUUCUGUUAAUAUUAAAAAUGAUAAAGACAA